UAAGAAACCUAAUUAGACUUACAAAAAUUCCCGCUUGUUAAGUAAUCUGGAGUGUGUCUUAUAUCAAAUUAAAGCCGGAAAAAAGAAAUUAAUAAAAGAUGAUGCACUUUCGUCGCAAAUAUUUAUAUCUAUUAAAUUGUCGCUUGCAUAAAACCAUUACGUUAACAUACAUACCAAGUUGCAAGAAAUAUUUGCAUACUUCCUCAACUGGUGACAAUCCUCAGGUGGAGAUAAAUUUUUCUAAUGGACGUAAGCUCAACAUAACAAUGGGAAAAUAUGCUCGUUUCGCGAACGCCUCAGCAGUUUGUGAAAUGGGAGACACAGCCGUAAUGGUGACGGCGGUGGCAAAAAGCAAACCUCAGGCUGGUGUUAAUUUUAUGCCGUUAGUGGUAGAUUAUAGACUGAAGAAUGCCGCUUCGGGACGUAUACCUAUGAAUUUUAUGCGCCGAGAAUUGGGUCCCUCGGAAAAAGAGAUAUUAUCUGCCCGCUUAAUAGAUCGUUCGGUACGUCCUUUAUUCCCAUUGGAUUAUAGGACAGAGACACAGUUAGUUUGUAACAUUUUGGCCAUGGACGCGAUAUAUUCGCCUGAUAUUUUGGCCAUUAACGCCGCUUCAGCGGCCUUAAGUUUAAGCGAUAUCCCAUGGAAUGGUCCUAUCGGAGCAGUAAGAUUAGGCUUAUGUGAUGGGGAAAUUGUCAUUAAUCCCACACGCCGCGAGCUACAAAAUUCUCAACUUGAUCUAGUUGUCUCAGCAACUAAACAAAAUCUUGUAGUUAUGCUAGAGGGCAAAGGGAAUAUGGUACUUCAACAGGAUCUCCUCAAGGCUAUUAAACAAGGCACUCGUGAGGCCUAUCAAAUUGUUCAGGAGCUUGAUCGUCUUCAGCGAACAUUUGGAAAGGAAAAGCGUCCAAUAGAACCAAGUCCAACCAACCAAAUGCCAGCAGAUGUUAUUGAAGCUGUCCGCAGUAUGGGCGAAAUGCGUUUACGUGAUAUUUUCCAAGAUUCUCACCAUGAUAAAUUGUCUCGCGAUCAAGCGGUAAAUGAAGUACGAUCGGAUGUUGUGGAUAAAGUCUGGUCUAGUUAUCCGAGUGUAGAACCAGCUGUUAUCACUGAAGAGUUCAAUCGCUUAUGUAAGACAAUAUUUCGAAAUUUAUUAUUCGAAACUAGUAAACGAUGUGAUGGCAGAGAUUUCGCCGAUUUGCGAAAAAUACAGUGUCAGGUAGAUUUAUACAAACCAUUGCACGGUUCCAGUCUUUUUCAAAGAGGUCAAACACAGGUAUUUUGCACGGUAGCUUUAGAUUCCCAAGAAUCUGCAAUGAAGUUAGAUACAGUGACCGCUUUGGAAAGUGGUGUUAAAGCGAAAAAUUUUAUGCUACACUAUGAGUUCCCUCCCUACGCUACUGGAGAGGUAGGGCGCAUAGGCCCCGUGGGCCGAAGAGAACUAGGUCAUGGUGCUUUAGCUGAAAAAGCUUUACUGCCCACUUUGCCCAAUGAUUUUCCUUUCACGGUACGUCUUACUUCAGAAGUGCUCGAAUCAAAUGGAUCCAGCUCCAUGGCUACGGUUUGCGCCGGUUCCAUGGCGCUUAUGGACGCCGGUGUUCCAGUCUCCAGUGCAACAGCAGGAGUAGCCAUUGGCUUAGUCACUAAGUACGAAAAUAAUGAUACGAAACAUUUGGAAGACUAUCGUAUAUUGACCGAUAUUUUGGGUAUUGAAGAUUACAUGGGUGAUAUGGAUAUGAAAGUGGCGGGAACACGGAAAGGCUUCACCGCCAUACAAGCUGAUCUUAAAGUUCCCGGUAUUCCUUUGAAAGUUGUAAUGGAAUCACUACAGAAAGCUACUGAUGCCAAAACGAAAAUACUCGACAUUAUGUCAGCGGUUAUAAAAGAUCCGCGUAAAAUUGGAAAAGAUUGCUGGCCCGUAACUGAACGUUUAACUAUUGAGCCGAAUCAAAGAGUGCGACUAAUCGGACCUAGCGGAAUAAACUUAAAAAAGUUAUAUCUUGAAACGGGGGCCACUGUCACUGCCUUAGAUGAAACUAAUUUUACUUUAUUUGCUCCUUCACAAGCAGCAAUGGACGAAUCUAAGGAAAUUAUUGAAAAUUUACUUGUAGCCAAGGAACGCAUACCAGACUUGGAUUUUGGCGGUAUUUAUUCGGCCAAAAUAAUUGAAAUCCGGGAUACCGGCGUUAUGGUUAUAUUAUAUCCAAAUAUGCCCCCAGCUUUGCUACACAACUCGCAAUUGGAUCAAAGAAAGGUGGCUCAUCCGUCGGCUUUGGGCUUGGAAGUUGGGCAGGAAAUUCAGGUAAAGUAUUUUGGACGUGAUCCUGUUUCAGGAUUUAUGCGAUUGUCACGUAAAGUCCUACAACCUGCAACUGGUAUUGUGCAGACGCUGCAAAAACCAUCAUCGCCGGGAGACACACAUACAAAAACACCAAAUAAUAAAUCCUCGCCAGAAGACUCUUCAGCAGUUUCAUGAAGAUUGUUGUCAGUGAAUCUUUGCUUAAUAAUCCUUGAAUACUAGACUUGUUAUUAUUAGGAUGAGAGCAGUUUUA